GGUGGGUUCACAUCAUAUAAAAAAAAAAGGAUACAAAACGUAGCACACCACAUUCUUGUAUCCUGCACAGUCCGGUAAAAAAAAAUGUAUGCAGUUUUUUUACAAUGGAACUCUAUGGUGAACUGAUACCACUGUGAGGCAUCUGUUACAUAUACUUUUUUUGGGAAUAGAGUGGCCGCACGCAUGUGCGAACUGCCGCUUCACUAUUUUCAGGGGUAAGGGACCCCCGUUCUUGUGAUUGUGGAGGGUCCCAGCACUAGGACCCCCACCGAUCCAAGUUAUCCCCUGUCCUGUGGUUCAUCAGCCAGACAACCCCUUCAAUUUUGGUGUCUAAUGCAUUCUUCCCUUUUAGGCCUUAUUCACACACCAGUGAUUGGGAGCCAAGACCAGGAGUGGAGCCUACACAGGGAUAAGGUACAGUGAAGGGAUCUGCACUUGUUCAUUGCUUAAGGUUGUACAGGUAAGGUUAACAAAAGCUCUGUCUGUGUAAAGGGCCAUCUGACCAAUAAUCUGCUGGUGUAAUACAGGCUUUAGGCUGGCACCUGGUUUUGGCUCACAAUCACUGACCAAACACUGAAGUGUGAAUGAGUCCUUAGACUGUGCUAUGACUGAUCUGAUGUAAGAUUUUAAGUUAAUUGAUGUAAACAAGGAGGAGGAGCAUUCUUUACCUACAAGGACAUACAUAACUAUUAUGUCAUAUUUUCUAGGGAUUGACUAGACAUUGUGAUGCUCUGCAGAUGCUGCCUGCACCUAUUAUGAGGCUUCACUACCAUACUCACGUGGUUCACUUUGUAGCCACUUGCACCUUUAAGACUUCUUUGUUUACUGCAACCUUAUUUACCCUCUUGCUGCUCAACCACACUUUCCGAUUCACGAAGGCGGCUGCACUUUACGGCCAAUCAGUCCUCACGGACGUUACGCACUUUACGUUGAGCCACAAUAAUACCCUUAGUACGGCCUGCGUGCGCUGAGCGUGGUGAAGGAAGGAGGCAGCGCUUUGUGUGUGGCUAGUGUCUGCGCCAAUCACAGCCCGCGGAGGAACGAGCGCCGGCGGGCGGGAGCCAGUGGGAUAACGGUAUAUAGAGCCGGGGGGCGUGGUCUUGCGCGGCGGCGGCGGCGGGUGACAGGUCGAGCGAACCGCGAAUGGCGGAAUAAAGAGCGGGAGCGGUGAAGACAUGAGGCGGAGACACCGUGGAGGAGGAGGAGCGGACACCGGGAAAGCAGAGUGUUCAGCAGGAUCUUUUUGCGAGACAUGGAUCGAUGUAAACAUGUUGGACGUUUACGCUUGGCACAAGACCACUCCAUACUGAAUCCACAGAAGUGGCGCUGUGUGGACUGUGAUACAAGAGAAUCAGUGUGGGCAUGUCUUAAGUGUUCCCAUGUGGCUUGUGGGAGGUAUAUUGAAGAGCAUGCCUUGCGCCACUUUGAGGAAAGCAGGCACCCUUUGGUUAUGGAGGUGCAUGAGCUAUAUGUAUUUUGCUACUUGUGUCAGGACUAUGUAUUAAAUGAUAACCCAGAGGGUGACCUAAAGCUACUGAGAAGUGCCCUUUCUGCUGUACGGAGUCAAAAGCGGGAAGCAUUAAGUCGAAGAAGUUUAAGGUCACAAACCACAGCAAUUGAAGGAUCUGUAUGUCCUAGAUCAUCACAAGGGCAGCCACUGAUGCUUACAGCAUUACGUCACAGACGCCAAACUUUGCUGGCAAAGGCACUAAGACUUUGGUUUGAAAAAUCUUCUAGAGGACAGCUGAAAUUGGAAGAAAGGAAACAGCAAGCAGAACUUGAGAAGAAAAAAGAAGAGGCUAGGUUAAGGAGACAGGAGGUAAAACGACGCCUGCUAGAAGAACUUGCAAACACACCUCCCAGGAAAAGUGCCCGUCUACUGUCACAUACGCACAGGGAUAGCCUUAUUCCUCGUAAAUUCAGGGACAUGACAACCAGCAGUUCUGCUUCCAGGAAGGAAGCUCAAAGACGCUUUAACCAGCUGUACUCCAUCAAGCCUACUGUGACUCCUGGAGUAACAGGGCUUCGCAACCUUGGAAACACCUGCUAUAUGAACUCUAUAUUGCAAGUGCUGAGCCACCUGCAGAAGUUCAGGGAAUGCUUCCUCACCCUGGACCCCUGUGAAAAAGAAGAACUAUUGACAAAUAAAAGCCCCAAUGGCAAGCACCGUAUGGGUAACAUUGGUUCUGGGUACCCAUCUGGGGGCCUUGGAUUAAAUGGUGGGGGGUCAUCAAUUAAAAAAAGCCUGGAGCUAAUACAAGCCAAGGAACCCAGCACCAAACAACUGUCCCUUUGCCAUGAACUGCACACACUCUUCCGUGUAAUGUGGUCGGGGAAGUGGGCGCUGGUUUCGCCCUUUGCCAUGUUGCAUUCAGUGUGGAGUCUAAUCCCAGCUUUCAGAGGAUAUGAUCAGCAAGAUGCCCAAGAGUUCCUUUGUGAGCUGCUGGACAAAGUGCAGCAAGAACUGGAGUCUGAAGGCAGCAAGCACAGGAUACUUAUCCCCAUCUCCCAAAGGAAGCUUACCAAACAGGUGCUGAAGGUAGUAAACACCAUAUUCCACGGACAGCUGCUCAGUCAGGUUACAUGUUUAACUUGUAGUUAUAAGUCUGACACAGUGGAACCUUUCUGGGACUUGUCUCUGGAAUUCCCAGAGCGUUACCAUUGUCUGGAAAAGGGGAUUGCUCCAGUCACUACUACUGAGUGCACUCUUACAGAAAUGCUGGCCAAGUUUACAGAGACUGAAGCGCUGGAAGGAAGGAUCUACGCUUGUGACCAGUGUAACAGACUAAGGAGGAAAUCCUCCCCGAAGCCCCUUGUGCUGAGUGAGGCAAAGAAACAGCUUAUGAUAUUCAGACUACCUCAGGUCUUGCGGCUGCACCUUAAGCGGUUCAGGUGGUCUGGCCGUAAUCACCGUGAGAAAAUUGGAGUCCAUGUGUUCUUUGACCAAGUGUUGAACAUGGAACCAUACUGUAGGGGUUCAUUGUCUCCCUCUGAUCCAGGGACAUAUCUGUAUGACCUUUCUGCAGUAGUAAUGCAUCAUGGUAAAGGGUUUGGUUCCGGACACUACACUGCAUACUGCUACAACACAGAGGGCGGAUUUUGGGUCCAUUGCAAUGAUUCCAAACUGAACAUGUGCUCUGUCGAGGAAGUGUGCAGGACACAGGCCUACAUACUUUUCUACACUCAACGGAGUAAUCCACAGAAUGGUGUGCAAAGCAACAACACACAGAAUGAUCCAAGGAUUCCUGGUCUUCUCUUAUCACCUCAAGCUCCAUCCAGCCCCCAGGAGCCUGGCAGGCGGAUAACUGUACCCUGACACCACUAGCACUGGCGCAUUUCCGUUUGUUUUGGGUUCUUUUUUUGGCCAAUGGGAUGCUUUUAAAUCUUUAGACUGAUUCUUAGCUGUGUUUUUUAUUCAUUUUGUCAGAGUAGCAACAGAAGACUGGCAAUGUGACCAAUCUGCCCUUAUAAUGGGAACCCAGCAAAUGGCACGGGAUCUCCUAUGUGUGUCUGUGUAAGGGAAGUACAUCUUUCCAGAUAUUCAUUGACCUAGUUUAAUACCAAGAUCUAGCAUUAAACGUGGUUAUGCCUUGUUUUCGAUUACUUCAUCUGUAGAAGAUGCAGAAGAGGGAGUGCAGCUUCAGUCAUCAGUGCAAAAGAUAGUACAUUCGCCUUUCAAUGACAUCGUAAAUCACAUCCAGUGCUGUCUUCUGUUAUUCAGUGGGAGGUUGAUUCUUCAAAAGGUGGAACCUGAAUGAUCUGUUAAAUCUGGUUUAUUUUCAGCAAAAGUGUAUGACUACAAAAGGAAGGGUUUGUUUCAUCAUGGCAAACAGGUGUGUAGUCCAUGUCGGCAUUAUGAGGCCAUUUUUAUUUUAUUUAUAUUUUUCCUUUUUUUUUUUUACACCGGUAUGUCUGUCUCAAGAUUUUAAAGUAUGUUCCCAGCUCAAUUUUAAAUUAGAUUAGCAAAAUAAAAUAUACACUGAUCUUAUCUGAAAAACGCAAAUUAGACGUAAAAUUCUGAAAUUGAGAAUGUAAGUUUGGUGACUUUGAUGCACAUGAUCCUGAAUAGUCUCCAAUAGCUUUAAAGUACACCCCCAGUAAUCCCUGUAAGCUUUAAUUUUUCAGUGUAGAUGAUUUGCAGAUCUCCAGCAGCACAGCCAUCUAAGCUGUACACUACAGCAUUUGAGCGUAAGGCUACUUUCACAUCAGCGAUUUCCUUUCCGCUAUUGAGAUCAGUCAUAGGAUCUCAAAAGCGGAGGAAAACAGUCUAGUUUGAAUCCAUUCAUUGUCAAGUGCCUCAUGGGAUACUAAUGAAGAUGGAUCUGUCAUGAAAUACAGUGUAAGUCAAUGGUGAUUGAUCAGUUUUUUUCGGACAUGAAGAAAAACUGAUCUGGCGCCCAUUGACUUACAAUGGAUUAAGUGCUGGAGCUGUCUUGUUCAUUUGGGAUAUAAUACAACCGGAUCCGUUCUGAACGGAUGCAGAUAGUUAUAUACCAGAUGCGUUUUUGCUAAACCCCUGAUGGAUCCAGUAAAAAACACAGAUGUGAAAGUAGCCUAAGUGUAUACUCGCAUACUGUAGAUUUGUUGCACAAAUUUGUGUGACUGAAAAUUCCAUUCAUGUAAUUUGGGUGUUUUGGCCACAAGUGCAUGGAUUUUUAUAAAUAUUCAGAUGAGUAGGACAGUUGCUGAAGUUUCUGCAUCAAGUCUACUGCAUGUGACAGUAUGUGUGUACAUGAGGAAUAACACUAUAUUUGGGCUUUAUACAAGUUGUAUGUGCCAUUUUUCACCAGUCCUCUCUUCUGCAGGCUCUGUUUCUCAUUUGCCUCUGUUUCUAAUUUUUAGUGAUGUCUUUCACACACAGCACCCACAGAAGCAGCAGUAUAGUGGACAAAAUAGAGCAGUAUUGUAUGGUUUUGCUGUGAAUCCAGCACUGGGGAUGAGAGAGAACUUUUAAAGUGUUACUGUCAUUUCAGUUUAUUUCUAUCUAAUAUUGUGUAGGGACAGGGAUGUUCUACUUUAAAGAGUAACAUAGUAACAGUAACUGUUCAUCCAGUUUGAGUCUUCUUGGCAAAGCUGUAGCUGAGGAGAGUCUGUCUUCAUAGUUCUACUGAGUGCUGAAGAGGCCUGCGUGUAACAAGUCUGAGAAGGUUCUUACACAUUUUGCCACAAAUAGCAGAUGACAUCUAUGUUUCAUCCGUUUGUUUUUUUGUUUGUUUGUUUGUUUUUGAGGGGGGGGGGGGGGUAGGACCAAUAGGGAUAUGGUCUGGUUUUUGCAGCGAAGAAUAGGACAUGUUCUAUCUGUUGUGGAAUGGACAUACGGAUGUGGAAAGCACACGGAUCGUACCUGUGCUUUCUGCAUCCAUAUGUCUGUUGCACAAAAAGAUAGAACAUGUCCUAUACAUGUCUAUAAAAAGCAGACCACGGAUCCAUUGACGUCAUUAGGUCCUAAAAAAACAACAAAAACGGAUGCAACACGGACGACAUCCAUAUUUUGCAGACUGCAAAAUACUUAUGGUAGUGUGCAUGAAGCAAUGAAUAUGCUGCCAAAUCAGAGUGAAAUAUCAGCUGUGUAAACAAGCCCUUACUGUCAUUAGCAGGAGUAUCCAUCACGUGUAUCUGUGCUGCUGGAGCUCAGAAAGGUAGAUAACUUUGCUGAUUAUCUACAGCAGGGAUCUGCAACCUUCGGCACUCCAGCUACUGUAAAACCACCACUCCCAGCAUGCAAACUUUCUUGGCUGUUCUUGUAACUCCCAUGGAAGUGAAAGGAGGAUUCUGGGAGUUGUAGUUUCAGAACAGCUGGAGUGCCGAAGGGUGCUGAUCCUUGAUCUACAAUGUGAUGUUAAAACUUGUAAAGUACGGCAAUUUUUUUCUUUUUUUUACAUUUUUAACCGCCGUUUUCUUUUUUUUUUUCUUUUUUUUAUACCCUAAUGGUAUAGUGCACCCUGCUGUAUAAAUGCUUUUGUGCUUUAAAAUUUAACCAUUUUCAGUUUUACCUGAUAAUUCCCAGAAGUGCAUGCUACUUUCCUAUUCUGCAGCCCUCUUCUCACAGCCUUGUCAUGUGCAGGCCGUCUCCUCCUCUGUUAUAAACAUGAGGGGAGAGCACUGGGAGGAGGAGCACAGCCCUCAGUGCCUGGGCUCGGGCAGAAAGUGGAAGGGGGAGUGCUGCUUUAGAUGCUGAAAUUUGCUGAAUGGUAGCAGUUAGAAACAUGCAACUGGUCUUCUUUGAAAGCUGAACUCCAAGCAACAGUCCGGAAUAAUUGCGGGUAAAAUCUGCUCUUAUUUUCGCUUUCAACCUCAUUCACAACAUCCCGAUUUCUAUCAGUAAUAUCUUCCCAUGUCCUGAACAUAUUGCUGUCAUUCUGGUAUUAUCUGAAAGCUUGGCAUGUCAGCUUUCAAACAAUACAGAGAAAAUAUUUCUAG